UGUAUUUUAACAUCAAGGUGUGUUUCGUGAAAGGUGUUUGUAAAUAUCAAUGUGUUUUGUACCAUUCGUCCAUGUGAUGAAUUGAUGCAGAGGAUGCUAACAGCUUCCUAGCCUAUUAUUGCUAACCUAGCUGCCAGGUCGCUAGACAGAUACGCUUUAUCCGUCCCUUAAAUAUUCGUGAAUUGCAUUUGUCUGUCAGGUAGGGAUUCUUAAUGUGACUAAGGGAUUUUAUGGUGCACCCCGUGGAGCUAAAAGGCUAAUGCUAACCCACGACAGGAGACAAACUUUCCCACCCGAGAAGCAGUCUUUCAUAUAUCAUUCCUUUCUUUUGGAAAAUUUUCACAAUCUUCGCAAGAGGUUGUGCGCGGUGACAUUGUGUCAUGACAAUUUUACACGAUUUAAGACACGGAAUCGAUUGCAAAGCAUGACUAGGUUAUAACUUUAGCAUUAGCAUGAGCCUCCUGCGUGUGAACUUUAUUUCAUUUUAUGAGUUUUAUUGUGUUCUCCAACCAUCUGUUUCGUCCAUUCUUGGAGCUCAAGCGAAUAACAAGCACUUUUCUACUUGCUCGUUCACGGUGGCCGGGUAAAUUGGAGAUAAAGUACUCGGCGUGGUUAAAGCUCGGGUCAGGUUUUCGCAGCGCACUAAAGCUGUCAUUAAAAAAGGAUUGACGGUGUAUUUUGCUGAUGAAUGAAGCAAAACGCGUUCUCGACACGAAUGAGAACACCCCCGGAAUGGAAGUGAGGCAAUCAAUUUGUGUGUCAGGAAGUUGAUAAGAGUGAGAGAGAGUUUGUGUGAAUGUGUGUGUAAGUGAGACAAAGUCUACCGCUGUGUGUGUGUGUGAGAGAGAGAGGGACUUGUGUGAGAACACUUGUGACAGUGAAUGUGUCCACUAGUGCAUGUGUGUGAGAGAGAUGGGGGGGGGGGGGCAGUGAACGUAUUUUAGCAAAUGUUCUGUGUGUGAGUGUGGUGUGAAAGAAUGAAUGUGUGUGAAAGAGAAUGUGAAUGUGCGUCGGUAAAUAUGUCAGGGUGAGAGAGAAUUGUGUGUGGGAAUAUUUGAGUUGUGUCACUGUGUGUGAGAGAGAACAAUAAUGAGAGGGUGUGUGUAAAUGUGCGCGCGCUUGUUUGUGUGUACAGUAUGUUACGCAUGGAGUCAAAUGAUAAAUGAUUGAUCGAGGGAAGGAAGUCCCUGUCAAGUGUAGCCUCAAUUGCGGCAGCACAUCUGAUGACAGGGGGGGAUCACGCUCACAUGUACAACACCCUUGAAAUACUUCUCGUGACCACAUGAAUGGUCAUGUUGCUGAAACCUGGACAUGGCUUGAGGGCUGCUGUUUUAGGAAAUGCUUUUGACAAGAGCAGGAACUCGAAUGUCCCGCGGCGUCUGCUCGGCGACUGCCCCGUGCUCCCCAAUGGCCGGGAGUUGACACCGCCCUCCGCGACGAUGCUGCGCGAGCAGCUUAGGGAGAAGAUCUCGGCGGCCUUCUACCGCCACGGACUGUUGUGUGCCACCUACCCGGUGCCCAUCAUUCUCUUCACUUCAGUCAGCAUCCUCACAUGCUGCUACCCGUUACUGAGGCUCCCCCUCCCCGGCACAGGUCCCGUGGAGUUCAGCACAAGCGUGCGGGACUACAGCGUUCCUUCCCGCGAGCCUCAAGGAGACCUCGGAGAACGGCCUGACUGGUACCAGGGAGCUCCGGUGGCGUACAUCCAGCAAGUGUUGGUGAAGGCGGCGGUGGUGCCAUGGGACAACAGCCUGGUGCCGGUGGACGUGUUUCGCUCACCGUUAGGGCGAGUCUUCAGCCUGCUGGACGAGAUCCGCAACCAUGUGCACACCGACAGCUCGGGCGUUCGCAGUCUGGAGUCGCUGUGCCUGCAGGUGGCGGACUUGCUGCCGGGUUUGCGGCGGAUGCAGUCGGUGCUGCCCGAGCACGGCUGCCUGUUGGUCUCGCCCGCCAACUACUGGAAGAACCAACGCGAGCUCUUUGACGCCGACCCCAACCCCUUGAAGACCGUCCAGAAGCACGAGCCCAAAGGCCUGCACACCUCGGCCACGCUCAGAGACCUCCUGUUCGGCGUUCCAGGGAAGCUCACAGGCGUCAGUCACUACAACAGGAAGCGGGUGGUCACGUACACCAUCAGCAUGGUGCUAUCCAGCUAUGACGCAAGUUUCCUGGGCAGCCUUCGCGCUCGCCUGAAGCAGCUGCACCCGUCCACCAACUGCACCGGCCUGAAGAACGAGCGUAUGGUCCACGUGCACUUCAAGGAGGAGAUCGGCGUGGCCGAGCUCAUCCCGUUGGUCACCACCUACAUCAUCCUCUUCGCCUACAUCUACUUCUCCACACGGAAAAUCGACAUGGUCAAGUCCAAGUGGGGUCUAGCUCUGGCAGCUGUGGUUACCGUGCUGAGCUCGCUGCUCAUGUCGGUCGGCCUGUGCACGCUCUUUGGCCUCACGCCCACUCUCAACGGAGGGGAGAUCUUUCCAUAUCUGGUGGUGGUGAUUGGUGUGGAGAACGUCUUGGUCCUCACCCAGUCUGUGGUGUCCACGCCGGUUGAUCUGGAGGUCAAGCUGCGUAUCGCUCAGGGCCUGAGUAACGAGAGCUGGUCCAUCAUGAAGAACAUGGCCACCGAGCUGUGCAUCAUCCUCAUUGGAUACUUCACGCUCGUGCCAGCCAUUCAGGAGUUCUGCCUGUUUGCCGUGGUGGGCCUGGUGUCCGACUUCUUCCUUCAGAUGUUCUUCUUCACCACCGUGCUGUCCAUCGACAUCCGCCGCAUGGAGCUGGUGGACCUGCACGGGCACAUGCGAACCGAGGACAGCCUGCCGGCAACCAAGCCCUCCCCUUUGCGAACGCGGUCGGCACCUCCUCCGCCGCGGCCCCUUCCUCACACCAUCACAUUACAGACCCCCGCUAGGAACCUGCGCCCCCCCAAGAGGCUUCGACUUGUCUACUUCCUGGCACGCACGCGCCUGGCUCAGCGCAUCAUUAUGGUCAGCACGGUGAUCUGGAUCGGCAUUCUGGUAUAUACCGACCCGGCCGGCGUGCGCAUCUACUUGGCCGCGCAAGUGUCGGAGCAAAGUCCCCUGGGAGACGACGGGGGCGGAGGUCUGACCCCCCACCUGGAGGUGGCGCCCGUCUUCCGCGGAGGAGAUCCGACCAGCACUCUCACCGACCGCCUGGCGCCGGACCCGACGCCUUUACCUGACAACCGACCGCAGGGCCCACCGGGCUCCAAAGCGGAACCCCCACCCGACUCCCCGCCGGCUGUACCCCAGAUCACCUGGGGGGCUGAAGACGAGGAGGUCUGGAGGAGACUCUCAUUCAGACACUGGCCUUCACUCUUCAGCUACUACAACAUCACGUUAGCGAAGAGGUACAUCAGCAUCUUGCCCGUCAUCCCCGUUGCCAUUCAGCUGAGCCCUCAGGAAGCUAUCGAGGGGCGCCACCCUCAGGACACCCAGUACCCACUGCCGCCCAUUCCCAAGGUGGCGGCGGAUCUCCAGACGGACCUGACACUUUACAAUGUGGCGGCGCUGGGCCUGGCCGCCGGCGUCCUGCUGGUUCUGCUCCUCCUUUGUCUCUACCGGCUUCUGUGCCCGCGAAACUACGGGCAGAACGGCGGGCGGCGACGCCGAGGGGACCGGCCGUGCGACGGCUACGGAUACUGGCCGCCCGUCAGCGAGAUCUCGCCGCUCCUGUUACGGGGCCACAGCAUGGACAUCGAGUGUCUGGCCAGUGACGGGAUGCUGCUGGCCAGCUGCUGCUUGGCCGGACAGAUUCGGGUUUGGGAUGCCCAGACGGGAGACUGCCUGACUGUCAUUCCCAAGCACGGGCGCGGGCGUAGAAGCAGCAUGGACUGCUGGGUAAACGUCAGCUCAGAGGGUCCCGAGCCCUCCCUGAGCGGCGACAGCCUGUCUGAGGACGAAGGCUAUCAGGUGAGGCACCGCACCACCCCCAGCCGGCCGCCCCUCUUCAAAGACCAGCCGGACCUGACGCCGCUCAUCGAAACCAACUUCGCCUCCACGCCGACCUGCCCCAACGCCGCCAGGCCCACCAGGGACGGUUUCGACUACGGCGACCUGGUGGCGGACGCCUACAUGGCGCACAAGCCGCUCUCGCCGUCCAACUUCUACUCCCCCUCCUCGCCCUCGCCGCCCUCCACCGCGCCGCCCCACAGUCGCCCCAGUUUUGGCGACGCCUUUGGCGUGACACCCCCGGACUUGGGCGGCGGCUCGGUGUGGGCGCUGGAGCUCAGAGGGAAUCUCAUAGCUGCUGGGCGGAGCAACGGCAAACUGGAGCUGUGGGACACCACUGACGGCCGGCUGCGCUGCAGCAGCGAGGGCGUGAGUGCAUCCGGCAUCACGGCGCUGGCCUUCCUCAACAACAGAAUCGUGGCGGCGCGUCUGAACGGCUCUCUGGACUUCUUCAGCGUGGACGUCAACAAACCGCUCGCACUGCUUCAGUACCGAGGCACACCAUGCCGGGCUGGGGUCCCCAUGUCGCCCUGCUACAGCAGCGAAGACGCCAUAAGCUGCCAGCUAACGCGCUCGGUGCAGUGCGCCCACCAGAAGCCCAUCACGGUCUUGAGGGCGGCGGCCGGCAGGGUGAUCACCGGUAGCCACGAUCACACCGUGCGGGUUUAUCGUCUGGAGGACUCUUGCUGCCUCUUCACACUGCAGGAACACUCGGCAGGCAUCACCGCCGUUUACAUCGAUGAGACGAUGGUCCUGGCGAGCGGCAGCCAGGACGGCGCCAUCUUCCUCUGGGACGUCUUGACGGGCAAGUGCGUCAGUCACGUUUACGGUCACCGCGGCGACGUCACCUCCCUGGUGUGCACGCCGCUCUGCAUCAUCAGCUCGGGUUUGGAUGACCUCAUCUGCGUCUGGGACCGCAGCACCGGCAUCAAAUUGUACUCCAUACAGCAGGAGGCCGGCUGCGGUUCCAGCCUGGGUCUCAUCUCGGACUCUCUUCUGGUGACUGGCGGUCUGGGCUGCGUCUCCUUCUGGGACUUGAACUACGGAGACUUGAUCCAGACGGUCUACUUGGGUCCAAGUAGCGACGGUCAGGGCGUGAGGCAGCUACUCGUCCUCAACAACGCCGCCAUCGUAUGCGACUUUGGCAGCGAGCUCAGUCUCGUCUUCGUACCGUCGGUUCUCGAGAAAUUGGACUGAUGUCUGAGAGCUGAUCUUUGAUCUCACGCCCUGUAUGCUGCUCGAGCCGUGAAAACUCAGCCCGCCCUCACAGAUAGCUGAAAAAAAACAACCCUGCUGCCUGUUCGCAUCAUGUGCGAACGUACUGUAUGACCUGCUGCCAACUAUAUACACCUCCUGGGGGCGCUGUUUGUUACGUAUACAUCAUUAUUUAUUAGAGGUACUUGAGAUCUUUACUAUGGAACUUUGGAGUCAUGAACGUCAUAUUUUUCUUUUUUUUUUUUUUAGCCUUGUGUGUAGUCGCUAUAA